GGACUUUUAGUGAUUGUUAUUGGUAUUGGUCCUUAGGUUAGUAUUGUAUAUGGCUGGACUCAUCCAGCUGACACUGCAAUGACUAUUAUUUUGAUGCCCGAUGAAUACUUUUCCGCCUUUUGCGAAGGGAUUUAGAGAAGGUCGGAAGAGACAUUUUGAGCCUCAACGGGUAUUGCAUACUCAGAUAAUUGACCCGCAUCGUAGACACUCAGAAGCUUGCAUUUGGACUAUAUUAAACCGUCUCUCCCGUGUCAAUCUCGUUGAAAUUGCCUACAAGGGUUUUAGUAUGCUAUUAACACAAGCACUAUUCUGUCAGUGUUCAUUCCCGAAGAACUUUUGACCUCUUACUACUUGAAUACGCUCAAUAUCAACGAUGUCGAAUCCUAAUGACUACACUAUAGGCUGGAUCAGCGCUAGCAAAGUUGAAUCUACGGCUGCAGCUGCUUUUCUAGACGAGGAACAUGACAACCUUACUCACCAAGCUCGGGGUGACCAUAACAGCUACAUCCUCGGUCGCAUUGGGCGGAACAACGUCGCCAUAGCUGUUUUACCGGAUGGAGAACCUGGAAUAGCGGCCGCGGCAGAUGUUGCCAACGAUAUGCUACAUACCUUCCGCAACAUUCGCAUUGGCGUUCUGGUUGGUAUCGGUGGUGGCGCACCAAGCUCCACGAACGAUAUCAGACUAGGCGAUGUCGUGGUCAGCUCUAAGGAUGAUAAGCAAGGCGAACAUGGCGGUGUCUUCCAGUAUGACUAUGGAAGGACGAUCCAAGAUCAGGAAUUCCAUUACACUGGGUACUUAAACAGACCUCCUAGAGCGCUGAGGACAGCAGUAACCGCCAUCAGGACUAGGCAUGAGCUCCGGGGCUCUCAAAUCAGAGAAAAGGUCCAGGCUAUGCUUGCUGCUCACCCACGGCUUCAGCGCAGGUGCAGACAGCCUGAUCCAUUGACCGACAGGCUAUAUAGGUCAACUGUUGUACACCAAGGCCAUAAUGUACAGGAUACAUGUUGGAAUACCUGUGGUAAUGGCCCCAACGUACUGGUGCAACGGACUGAACGGACAGAUGCCCUGGGAGACUCAGUUAUCCAUUAUGGUUUAAUUGCUUCUGCAAACCAGGAAAUGAAUGACGCUGUCAUUAGAUACAGGCUUUCUGAACAAAAGGGGGCGUUGUGUUUCGAGAGGGAAGCAGCGGGUCUGAUGAACAACUUCCCCUGUCUUGUUAUUCGUGGUGUAUGCGACUAUGCAGAUACCCAUCCGAAUGACGACUGGAAAUACUAUGCUGCUGCAGCAGCUGCUGCGUAUGCGAAAGAUCUCUUGUCUCAGGUGGUUCCAGAACAGGUUGAAGAUGAGAGACCUGUUGAACCUAGUACUGCCCGUCCUCCAUCAGGAGGCAAUGAUCAGCCUGGCUGCACUGUCCAGCCUGGAGCCGUUUCGCAGCCUAGCAACACUCCCCAACUCGGAGACACUGUCCAACCUGGAGAUACUGUUCAACCUGGAGGUGGUUAUGAACCUGGAGAUGCACCCCAACCUGGAGACAACUCUCAGCCUGGAGGAGGUCAUCAGCCUGGAACCACGCCCCAACCCGGAAGCAAUGACCAACCAAGUGCUAUUUCACAGCCUGGCGGUACUUCUCAACCUGGAGUCAGUCACCAACCUAGCGACCCUUCCCAACCUUCCCAAUCCGAAUGCAAUUGCCAACCCGGAAGCACCUCUCAAUCUUCAGGCAAUUGUCAGCCUGGAUCUCAGGUGCAGACUGGGUAUAUCGACAGAAUAGGACAUUUCCCCAAGCAUGAGAUCGAUGAAGCUAUUAGACGGGACAAGUGUGGGUUUGAGAUUGCACUGAGGACUCUUGUCAACGGCAUUGAUUUGGUGAAUGGUCACGGGGGAGCUUGGGCACCAUUGGGACAUCGACUGAUAGACUUUCAGAAAGAAUGGAAUAUCACUGAGCCUCAACUGCGAGAGGGGAAAAAACAGGCUCAAGGCAAUAAAUGGGACAGGUGGCAGCAGAUAAGGAGAGACCGGAGUUUCAGUACGCAAAAGAGAUUCCAUGCGGCUCAUAAUGAGUUUCUAGCUUUCUCAAAUGAUUGGGCCUUUGACCGUACGAUUGGAUUUGCUUCUAUGCAGCGUGUUCUAUGGAGUGUAUGGAGGGUAAUGGAGUAUAUGGGUAUUGCGGAAGAGGUUUAAGGAUGCUUGACUUUAGGAGGGUUAGGUAUUGUUAUUAAGGUACGAAGUAGUGAGUUUGAAUCAUGGAAGGUUUGGAUUAGUUGAAAUUGAUUACAUAACUUGACGGUUAUAGC